AUGGACACCGCUCCUUCAUCACUUCCUCUCAUCGUAGCCGCCCCAAGCUUUAGUGAUUUUGACUAUGGGGCCUUCUUCCAAGGUGAAGACAUGUUGCUCGGAGAUGAGAAUACGUAUUCGAGCGAGACUCUUUCCGAGUCACCCACGAACAGGGCCUCCGCUUCAGGGCCAAGCGGAGGAGGUUCGUCUCGCCAUGGUCCCGCUCAGAAGCAGCGACUUGAGAGACGAGGGCAUACCAAAAGUCGCAGAGGAUGCUUCAACUGCAAGAGAAGGCGUAUCAAGUGCGAGUAUCCCAAUGCUCCGAUGAUUGUGCACCAAUGUACCCAGCCGCAACAUCAAGUGCCGCUGUUCAGUUUGCAAGAUAUGCGGUUCUUCCAACACUUUAUGCUACAAUGUUACCCUCACCACCCGAUAGGUAACGAGAACAUCUGGACCCAUGAGGUUCCAUGCUUGUCCCAAACCAACGAAUUUCUCAUGCACGCAAUUCUCGGGAUGGCAGCCUGCGACCUCAUGAACGCGGACCCGAGCCUCCUGGCAUUCGCCAUGGCGCACCGCAUCAAGGCCAUAAGAGCCAUCAAAAAGUCCCUCGCCGAGCUGCCGAAGCAAAAGGGCACGACGCCGGAGCACGCCAACGCCCUAGUCGCGACGUGCUUCGCGCUCACGUUCCAGUCCGUGACGUUUGAGGACGGCAUGACCGAGUACAUGACUUUCAUCCGCGGCAUCUUGAUCAUCGGCACGCAGAUGUACAUCAAGGGCAUCAAGCCCAUCUUUGUGAACUUGAUGGGGCAGGACUCGAGCGCGGUGCUGGAGCCCAAGAUGGUGGACCUGCCGCUGAUUCGGACCGAGUGGGCGGACGGUGCUGUCGAGGCGGUUGGUGGGUUGAGGGGUCUCUGUCGGGAUGUGGUGGAGGUUGAGUAUUUUGAGCUUCUUUUGGAUAUGGCGACGAAGCUGCAUACUUCGUCUUGGAAGGCGUAUCAGACACUUUCGAAGCACUACGGCUGGUGGAUCCAGCUUCCGCACGAAAAGUUCCAACGCGUCAUCGACAUGACCUCGCAGACGAUGGUCCUCUUGGCCAGCCACUGGAUCGCGCUGAAGCAGAUCAUGGCCACGGUGACCAACGCCGAGCACGAAUGUCGCGAGAAGGCGCCGCCAAAGAAGAGUGCGGUGGAUCUGGGCAUCAUUCGGUGGCUUGGGUACCUAAAUCGGCAGAUCGACCAUGAGCAUUUGGUGUAUAAUCGGUGGCCUUUAUGGGUAGAGGAGCAGCUUAAGCAGGACCUGACCUUUUUUGGGAAAAAGUUUUGA